AUGGACAGAGUGUAUUUGGAUGACAGUGGAGAACUGGCAGCCGACUUGGACAUUGUGAACUGGGUGGUGUUUCCCAAUAACUCUGUCCUUAAGGUGAAGUUUGGGAAUCUGUACAGAGAGGGAUCCCCAGACCUACACUUCACCAUCAACCAGGAUGCCAUUGUGUGGCCUAAAUGGCUCAACCAGACCCUGCCUUCUUCCAGGUGUGUGGAAAGCUGCCGCCCUGGAUUUGUCAAGGUGGUUCAGGAAGGAAAUCCACUUUGCUGCUACGACUGCGUUCCCUGCGGGGAAGGGACCAUCUCCACUCAGGAAGAUGCAGAGUGGUGCACCAAAUGUCCAGUAGAUCAGCAUCCAAACAAGGACAAAGAUCAGUGUAUCCCCAAGACUAUCACCUUCCUGGCCUAUGAAGAUUCUUUGGGGAUCCUCCUGGCUUGUCUCAUCCUGUUUUUGUCCUUGACCACAGGCUUUGUUUUAGGUACUUUCAUUGCAUUCCAAGAAACUCCGAUAGUCAAAGCCAACAACCGGGACCUCUCCUACAUCCUCCUCGUCUCCCUCCUGCUUUCCUUUCUGUCCUCCUUCCUCUUCAUCGGCCAGCCAAGAAAAGUGACCUGUUUUCUCCGACAAACAGCCUUCAGCAUCAUCUUCUCAGUUGCUGUCUCUUCUGUGUUGGCAAAAACCAUCACUGUAGUACUGGCCUUCCUAGCCACAAAGCCAGGGAACAGAGCGAGGAGAUGGCUGGGGAAGUGUCUGGCCAACUCCAUUGUUAUUUCCUGUUCCAGUGCCCAAGUUAUCAUAUGCACCAUCUGGUUGAGUAUCUCUCCCCCAUUUCCAGAGUCUGACAUGCACUCCCAGCCUGGAGAGAUCAUCCUGCAAUGCAAUGAAGGGUCUGUCACCAUGUUUUAUGUUGCUCUUGGCUACAUGGGCUUCCUGGCUGCCAUCUGCUUCAUGGUGGCUUUCCUGGCCAGGAAGCUGCCUGGGGCCUUCAAUGAAGGCAAGCUGAUCACUUUCAGCAUGCUGGUCUUCUGCAGUGUUUGGGUCUCCUUUGUGCCCACCUACCUGAGCACGAAGGGGAAAUACAUGGUAGCCGUGCAGGUCUUCUCCAUCUUGGCCUCCAGUGCUGGGCUUCUGGGCUGCAUCUUCAUUUCCAAGUGCUACAUUAUUUUCCUGAGGCCUGAUCUGAAUACAAAGACACAUUUAACAACAAAAGUUUCUCAUGAAACAGCUUUUCAGAGGCCGUGCCUCCGCAGCUGGAUGGCUGCUGCCGCCACACCUCAGCCGCUGGGUGGCCUAGAGCUGUCCCCGCUGCCCCACUGGGUCUGCUCCUACAGACCGAUCCUCCGUAGCUGGAGGGCCUCUGGAGGCCUAGGCUCACCACUGCCCCAGCCCGGAGCCAGGGGCUCUUCGCCGCUCCCCAGCCGCACCGCUCCGCGAUCGAGCCGCGCUGACCGCUCCUCGCCGCCGGCCCCGCACCAAGGCCUGGCCUGUAGGCCUGGAGAAGCCGUGUGCGUCGGCGGGCGAUCUGAGCCGCGUCGCGCCGCCGAUGCAGGAGGGCCUCCCGACCAUUUAAAAUUGCCGCCAAAAAUUUGCAGUGAGGGUGGGCGGCUGGCGAAACCUUCCCACGACCGAAUACAGAUGACGUUCUGA